GCGGCGGCGGCACCAUGCUGGCUGCGCGAUUGGGCUGCUGGGCGGCGCUGCUGCUGCUGGGCGCGGGGCCCGGCCAGGGCCACCUCGGGGACAGCGGGCGCCGCCUCCUCGCGGCCAGAGUUAACAAGCACAAGCCAUGGAUAGAAACUUCCUAUCAUGGAGUCAUCACAGAGAACAAUGACACCGUCAUUUUGGACCCUCCACUGGUAGCUCUGGAUAAAGAUGCUCCUGUUCCUUUUGCAGGAGAGAUCUGCGCCUUCAAGAUCCAUGGCCAGGAGCUACCAUUUGAGGCUGUGGUGCUGAAUAGGACGUCAGGUGAGGGCCGGUUGCGUGCACGGAGCCCCAUCGACUGCGAGCUGCAGAAGGAGUUCACCUUCAUCAUCCAGGCCUACGACUGUGGUGCCGGGCCCCAUGCCACCUCCUGGAAGAAGUCCCACAAGGCUGUGGUCCACAUCCAAGUGAAGGAUGUCAAUGAGUUCGCCCCCACCUUCAAAGAGCCGGCGUACCGGGCGGUGGUGACAGAAGGCAAAAUCUACGACAGCAUCCUACAGGUAGAGGCGCUGGAUGAGGACUGCUCCCCACAGUACAGCCAGAUCUGCAGCUACGAUAUUGCUACGACUGACGUGCCUUUCGCCGUCGACAGAAAUGGAAACAUCAGGAACACAGAGAAACUAAGCUACGACAAGCAGCAGCAGUACGAGAUCCUGGUGACAGCCUAUGACUGUGGGCAGAAGCGCGCGGCUCAGGACACCCUGGUGCAGGUGGAUGUGAAGCCAGUGUGCAAGCCUGGUUGGCAAGACUGGAGCAGGAGGAUCGAGUACCAGCCAGGUGCAGGCAGCGUGCCACUGUUUCCCAGCAUCCGCCUGGACACAUGUGACGGGGCAGUGUCCUCCAUUCAGGUCACCAUUGAGCUGCAGACCAACUACAUUGGGAAGGGCUGUGACCGAGAGACAUACUCAGAGAAGUCCCUGCAGAAGCUCUGUGGAGCCUCCUCUGGAGUCAUCGACUUGCUGCCAUCCCCCAGUGCGGCCACCAACUGGACGGCAGGGCUGCAGCUGGACAGCAGCGAGAUGACCUUCCGAUUUGAUGGCAGGCAGGGUGCCAAGGUCCCUGAUGGAAUUGUGCCCAAGAACCUGACGGACCAGUUCACUAUCACAAUGUGGAUGCAGCAUGGUCCCAGCCCCAGCAUGCGGGCUGAGAAAGAAACCAUCCUCUGCAACUCAGACAAGACAGAGAUGAACCGGCAUCACUAUGCUCUGUAUGUGCACAAUUGUCGCCUGGUCUUCCUGCUGCGGAAGGACUUUGACCAAGCUGACACCUUCCGCCCCGCUGAGUUCCACUGGAAGCUGGACCAGAUCUGUGACAAAGAAUGGCAUUACUAUGUCAUCAAUGUGGAUUUUCCUGUAGUUACCUUAUACAUGGAUGGAGCAACCUAUGAACCCUACCUGGUGACCAACGAUUGGCCCAUUCAUCCAUCUCACAUAGCCAUGCAACUCACAGUUGGUGCUUGUUGGCAAGGGGGAGAAGUCGCUAAGCCAAGGUUCGCCCAGUUCUUCCACGGUGGCCUUGCCAGCCUCACUAUCCGGCCCGGCAGGGUGGAGAGCCAGAGAGUGAUCUCCUGCCUGCAGGCUUGCAAGGAGGGACUGGACAUUAACUCACUGGAGAGCCUUGGCCAAGGCAUCAAGUACCACUUCAACCCCUCCCAGUCCAUGCUGGUGAUGGAAGGUGAGGACAUUGCAAACAUCAACCGCGCCCUCCAGAAGGUCUCCUACAUCAACUCCCGCCAGUUCCCCACAGCAGGCGUGCGGCACCUCAAGGUCUCCUCCCGAGUCCAGUGUUUUGGGGAAGACGUGUGUCUGGCCAUCCCUGCUGUGGACGCCUAUGUGAUGGUACUGCAGGCUGUGGAGCCCCAGAUCACCCUCCGUGGCACUGAGCGCUUCUGGAGGCCUGCCUCGCAGUUCCGGAGUGCCAGGGGCAUCACACUCUUCCCUGACCUCAGAAUUGUCAGCACUGUAGCCAAGGCCGAGGCACCUGCCGGGGACCCUCAGGGCACUGGGGCAGCCCCCAAGUCGGCUGCCUUAGAAGAAAUGCUUCACAAUUUGGACUUCUGUGACAUUCUGGUGCUGGGAGGGGACCUGGACCCAAAACAGGAGUGCCUGGAGCUGAGCCACAGUGAGCUUCACCAAUGGCACCUGGACGCCACCAACUCCACGGCAGGCUACUCCAUCUACGGUGUGGGCUCCAUGAGCCGCUACGAGCAGGUGCUGCGGCACCUCCGUUACCGCAGCUGGCGCCCGGCUGGUCUGGAGGCCCGGCGCUUCCAGAUCAAAUGCUCUGAGCUCAACGGGCGCUACACCAGCAAUGAACUCACGGUGGAGGUCAGCAUACUGCAUGAGGUCAGAGCAGCCGAGCAGGAACAUGUCAACCACCUCAUCGUGCAGCCUCCCUUCCUCCAGUCGGUCCACUACCCUGAGUCCCGGACUAGCAUCCAACGUGGUUCAGUGGUCCCCAGCCUGGCCAUAGUGGUCAUCAUCAUUGCUGUGUGCAUGCUGGUGUUCCUGGUGGUCAUGGGUGUCUACCGGGUACGCAUGGCUCACCAGCACUUCACCCAGGAGAGCGAGGCUGCUAAGGAGGCAGAGAUGGACUGGGAUGACUCUGCGCUCACCAUCACAGUCAACCCCAUGGAGAAACAUGAAAAGUCAGCCUGUGGGGGAGAUGAGACUGAAGAAGAGGAGGAGGAGGCAGCGGAAGAGGACCUCAGCUCCAGCAGCAGCGACUCAGAUGACAGCGCCGAGGAAGAGGAGGAGCGGCUGGGCAAGGCCAGGCGGGGGCAGCCAGGGGCCAGGCCAGCCCAGCUGGAGUGGGAUGACUCCACCCUUCACUACUAGCAUCCAGCUCUCUACACUGGCUCCCGUGUCCCUCCCGUGAGCUCACCCCCAUGUGCCGGAGUCUAUCACCUGUCGCCUAUGAUUCCUCAGACAGGACUAGCCUUCCUGGUGUUCCAGAACCUGUCCCUUACACCCGGGAUCUGUGGGUACAAGCAGUCCUAAGAAACCAUAUUGGUCAACAUUGAGGUCAGGAGGGGGGGAUAGGGAGCCUCUGUACUGUUGCUCCCACUUUCCUGCUCUCUUGUUCUUCUGUCCAGGUGCCCAGCCUCCCAGAGCCCAUCUCAGCCCUCUCUGAACUUCUAUGCAGGGCUGAGGGCAGCCACUCUGCUGCUUCCCUCCCUCCUGCUCUAUGAACCCUAGGUCUCACUCAUCCUGUACCCCUGCCCCAUGCUCUGCCCUGACCUGCUUCCUCACCUAGGACCUUG